AUGUCAGAUUAUAUUGGAGUUCAAGCCCCACAAGGCACAGGAAAUUUCCGCCAAAUCCCCCAAAACAAAUUUGCAGUGACCCUCUUGCUGUCAACUUUUUCAUAUCACAAUGGGACGACUAUCCUGAAUUUCGCGGAGCUAUUCCAGAGCCAAAUUUUUGAGUUUAAUCUGACAGCUGACGAAAUACAGACACAAUUGAAAAAGCACGAGAUAAUUCCAGAUGUCAUUCCAACAGCUCCUAAAAAUGUUUUGCAGGUAACUUACAAUACAACAUCUGUGAGAUUCGGAAAUGAAAUAAAUGCUACCGAGACAAAAUUGGAGCCCACACACAUGGAAUGGCCAGAAGAUAAGGAGCACCAUUAUACAUUAAUUAUGACAGAUCCCGACGUUCCAAACCGGACGACACAUUUUGAAAGAGAGUGGCAAAAUUGGGUCGUGGUAAAUAUUCCUGGCUGCAAAUUUAAAGAUGGCAAGGUUCUCACCAAAUACAUUCCUCCAUUACCGGAAGAGGACUUCGGAGGAGUUCACCGAUAUGUGUUCCUGUCCUACAAGCAACCAAGACAAAAUAUGACUUUCAACGAAACCUACGUAAGAAUAGCAUCCUAUGGACUACGUGGUGAAUUUUCCACAAGAAAAUUUGCUGAAAAAUACAGUUUAGGGGAUCCUGUGGCAGUAAAUUUCUUCUACUUAAGAUGGUCAUUUAUUGUGUAACCGUUAAUUUUUUGGUCACAAUUAAUAAACAACUAAUGGCUCAGA